CUUGUGCUCACGCGCAGUUGUUACUCCUAAUAUGUUCACGGAACAUAGUAGUUGGUAGAGGAAAAUUCAACGAGCGACGUCCAUGUAAACAGGCUACAGUUGAAAGAGCCGAAACAGUGCCAGUACGUAGAUAUCAUUGCACACGCGCACGCAACGUGUGAAUAUAAUAAGCCAUCAUCGCGAUUUAUCAUCGCAAUCAACUUUUACCCCCCGGCGAAGCGGUCACACUUGAGCCGCCAAAUUUUACCGAAUUUUUUUUACUAACCCUAUUGGUGCUAAUUUUGCAAAAAAAAAAAAAGAAUUUAAUUGGAGAAAAGAGUUUUUAGGUACGAGGCGUCGCGCGUAGAGCGCCGCGUUUCGUACAAUCGAUACUAUCGUGUGUUCAGUGCCUCCUGACGGUGUGACAAUAAAAGUGAGGCAAAUAUACAAGAGGAAUAAAGAUGCGGUUGUCCUGGCUUCUUUUUACUGUCAUCGCUCUUUUAGUUGCAACAACAAUCGCAACAAAGACCAAGCGGAAAUUUGAUGGUGACUUCGAGUUUGCCGACGAGGAUGAUACACGAAUUGUAAAAUCAGGCGAUAAAAAGCGAUGGAUAUACGAUCCAAACAGUGAACUUUGUCGUCCGCUUAACUGCAAAAAGAAGGAAAUUUGUCUUUUGGCAGACUCGUUCACAGCAGUAUGUGUCUCCAAAAAGGAACUUCACAAAUCAGGGGAUGUAGUGAUUCCAAAGUCCCGAGUUCUUCAAGAACGAAGAAUGCGGACAGAAUCAUCAGAAGAUACAGAGGAUGAUGAUGCAUUUUUUGAUUCUGAAGAUGACGAAGAAGAAGAUCAAGAUGAAUCAAAGUGUCAAGAUUGUCCGGUUACGAAGCCUUCAUUCAUUUGCGGCAGUGACAAUCGAACCUACAGCUCGCUUUGUCGCAUAGAAUAUCAUAAUUGUAUACAUCACACAUAUGUUUACUUGGGUUGUAAAGGAUUCUGUCCAUGUAAAGAAUCCGUCCAUCCAUUGCCUUCGCACUUGAAAAAAAUGCAAAAACUGCAACUGCAGAAGCAAUCUUUACUUGGCAAGAUGAAUAGAGAUCGGGACAUCACUCUAACGCCACGGGAUUUUAACUAUGACAAUCAUCAUUACAAAUACCUCAAAUACUCAAAACGUGCCAAGGCACUAGCUUCAAUGAAACGUUACGACGACAAGCAGUUUACGAGUAACGAGAUUACGGAAAAGACAUCAUUACCACCUCUAAAACCAGCUUAUGAUAUGGACUUUACAAAAGAUGAAGAUUGCUCGCCCGCUUCUAAACCGGCAAUGGCCAAUCGUCUUUUGGAUUGGUUUUCUGUUUUAAUGACUGACGCAAAGCAACAUCGUCGUCCAUUUUCAAAACCAAAAGGUCAUUUUCCACCAGGAUGCCAGAGCGAAGUGAGGUGGAUGUUCGGUCAUUUAGAUUCUGACAGUAGUGGUCUAAUUUCACUUUCGGAACUUUACCAAUUAGAACACGAUCAAAACGAACCCUGUCUGAAACCGUUCUUUGAUUCGUGUGAUACAGAUGGGGACAUUUUUAUAAGUGGUCCGGAAUGGUGUGGAUGUUUUUCAAAAGCUGAGAGACCUUGCGCAGCAGUUCGUAAGCGACUUGCUCCAGACGUUGCGCCUACUUGUGAUUCUAGAGGAUAUUACAAAAAUGUUCAAUGUCAUCGGGGACUUGGUCUUUGUUGGUGCGUGGAUCUACACGGGGUUGAAUUCGCGGGCACAAGAGUUCAUGGCACUAAGCCAGAUUGUGAUGCAAUUGUAAACAAGAUGAAUAAUGGGGGACUCAAGACAAAUGGUGUAGAUUUAGAUGAUGAUGAGGAUGCGGCACAAGAUCUUGAAGGCUCAGCGGAUCAAACACUUGAUUUUUAGUUGCAUAUAAAAAGAAGUUUUGAUGCCAAGUACAGUAUAAUUGGACAAUUUUUUCAUUGACAAAUGCAGUAAAGCGAAUGUCUACCUAAAAGUGGCUGGCCUCGUAUUGUAUUGCUAUUAUAAUUGGAGGUGUCUUACAUUAUGUACAAUGCGCCUAAUGACAUCGAAUCGAUGAUUAUUACUAAACUUCUUUUCAACCUCAGUUGACAAUUUAUGCAAAAAACACUACUUUAAACAAGCUACUACUACUAUUGCUAGAUACUAUUUUCUUAUAUCUACAAAAACCCCACACACUGAAAGUUCGACAGUAUUAACCGCACGGUAAAAAUACUCAAAAAUAUUUUUUUAAAAAAUCCCGUAACAAAAAGAACAUAACAACAAAAGUUGAAUAAUUCUUUAGCGAACGCAGUAAAAUUAUUAUAGAAAAAUUUGUCAAUAUUUCAAUAAUAAUUUUUCUUUCUUCGCUAAGAAUUAAUUUACUUUUAUUCAUUCGUUAUCGUACCGUUCCACAUAUAAACAAAAUUUUCAAAUUUCUAAUUUCUUUUCUAUUUUUCACAGUUAUUUCAUUGCAUUCCGUCACGUAGCAAAAAGAAUUUUAACACAUGGAACGCAUUGAUAUACAAUUCUUCCAAACAAAAAAAAAGAAACUUUUUCACCUUGGAGAAUUUUUUGUACCCAUCGGGAUACCUCCAUGCGUAAUUUGUCCAUAAAGAAAAUAUAAUUAAAAAAAUAUAUAAGCAUGUAUAAUUAGAGAAUCGUAGAGUGUAAGAUGAAAAAAUGUAAGUGUAAAUGAAAAAAGAAACAAAUGAAUGAAAAAGAAAAAAUGGUGAAAAAUGAUUUUAAAAAAAUAACGCAAGUUUACAGAAAAAAGAAACUUGCGUCGUAAUAUAUACACAAUUAUUGUCAUAUAAUUAUUAAUCCUAAACGUACAAGAAAUACUCAUUAUGAUUUUAAAUUUAUUAGAUUAACCCUGCUGUUUCCUCAAAUAUUUUACGUUGCACCGAUUGCCUUCGGGUCAGUCACAUUUAAAGUGCGUCUCUAAUUAAUUUAAAAAUCUACCUACACCAUUGAAUCAUAAAACUGAAUAAUAACAGUAACAAAAUGUUCCAGUAAUUAAUAACUUAUGACAAAAUUUAAAUUCAGUUCUAAUUCUUUCUAUAUCUUUCCAUCUUUAUUUCCAUUUCAGUCUAUUUCUAAUUAAAAGCUAAUUUUCUUCGUCUACUUGACUAUAAUUUUUAAAUUUCUUCCCAAAAAUUUUAUUUUGCAUAGCAUUUUCAUUCUUUCUAAAAAAUUCUUACACUUCUUUCAUUUUGUCAAAUAUUUCACCUCGUAGGAAUUUUUUCAAAAAUAUUUCGCUUAAAAAUAGUGCAGAAAAAAUCUAUUUUUCAAAUUAAGCUACAGUAAAAUAUUUUUAAAAAAACUCGUCGAGUUCCAAUGUUUU